AUGUCGAAAAGGAUUCGCACGCUAGAUAGCUUUUUCAGUCCGCCUCCGACGAAGCGAACGAAAGCACAACAUGCAAUCGAAGACAACCCACGCGAGGAGAGUGACGCCACGAAGGACGCGUCUGAUGUCGAAAGCCGCUCGGAACACGCGACCUACCCAUUCUCGCUGCCUUUGCUGCCACAACCACUACGAGAGCUACUGAAUUUCGUACCCGCAUCCGAGGGCAAAUUGAUUCAGGACCAACCCGAUUUGGAUUUGAUUUAUUAUACUCCGUUCAUACCAAAGGAAGCUCAAAAGGAUCUCUUCGAAUUCCUUCGACAGGAACUGUUCUUUUACAGAGUGAAAUACAAUAUCAAGCGCGGACCAGUAGAGACUGCGAUCAAUACUCCAAGAUUUACCACUGUUUUCGGAGUCGACGAAACUGCUCGCUUCAAAGGCGACGAAGUCUGCCACACAGUCUCAGGCGCACCGGUCCCAAAGGAUACAUACAAGUGCAGCCCUCGGCCACUGCCGCAAUGCCUUGAUGUUCUGCGAGAACUAACGGAGAAUGCCACUGGUUGUAGAUUCAAUUUCGCCUUGGUCAAUUACUAUGCCGAUGGGAAUGACAGUAUAAGCUAUCAUAGUGAUGAUGAGAGGUUUCUGGGAAAUGAAUCUGCGUUAGCGUUCACACUUGGAGGCACGCGGGACUUCUUGCUCAAGCAUAAGCCAACGCCGCAGAACCACAUAUCUGAGACCAAACCCACAAAACUGCCAUUGACCAGCGGUGACAUGGUGCUUAUGCGCGGAAAGACACAAAGUCGUUGGCUGCAUAGCAUACCGAAGCGGAAAGGCCCACAAGGGCAGAUUGGAAGGAUCAACAUUACGUUUCGCAGAGCAAUGGUGCGAGGAGGGACCGAGAAUUACUACAGAUACAAUGUCGGAGACGGAGGCCCCUACAAAUGGUCUGCUUCUCGGAGGGAGAUUAUCCCGUGGACUAGCCCAUUGACGCCGAGUGUCCCGUUGUGA